AAAUUUCGACCUCGAUAUAUCACAAUGCUAUUGCCAAAUUGCUUUUAACUAUUGUUAAUACAAAAUUGGAAAAGAGCGAAACAGCGGACUAUGGUGCAGCAACCUAAGCACCUAAGACUUUCUUCAUUUUUUUCAAGAAUUUUACAAGGGUGAACUAACAAAUGGUAGAAGAGAACAUGAUUGUCUUUUUGAUGAAUUAUCUAAUAGCAUAAUUAGUUUAUCGAUUAUCUCUAAUAAAGCAAAUCUAGCUGUCAGCUUUUAAGAUCUAGUUUCCUGUAUAAAAUUUUCGUGGUCCUGUCACUCGUAGGUAUGUACAUACAUACAACGUUGACGCCAUCUAAUUGCAAAUUGGCCAACCAUGAGGCCGCCACAAGUGGCACAAGUGCCAUGUGUUGAACUUUUAUAACCUUACUUUUACGUCGGUCAGUAUCUUAAAUAGUUUGGGUCGUGGUGUUUACAAAUCUUUCACGUUCUUAGUGACAAUCUUAAUCGUUAAUCAUGCAGAAAAAUGAAUUAUCAUUAUUGGAAAAAGUUCAUCAAACCAUCCAACACUGCACCAAAAAGCCAGAGCAUUAUUUGAGCAUUCAAGAAAAUGUUGCUGAUGAUUUAAAGAAAAUUACAAAACGUUUAUACGAUUUAGUAUUCAAGAAAAAAUCAUCCACAUAUACAAAUACCAAAGCUUUACCAGAGUUGAUCAUAGAAGAUUUUGACACAGAACAAAUCUGGCAGCAGCUUGAACUUGAAAACAAUGAAGAAUUUAGUCGAACAAGCAUAAAAAAUUUCUCAAAAGUAUUGGCUUGUAAGAAUUGGGAUUUACCUUUAAAGAUAGUUGCACUGUUAGGCAAUGAAAAUAGUAAAAAGGUUCAGUCAGAAUCGGAAAUAUCUAAGUAUGAAGAUAAAAAUGAGGUUGAACUUUUAGAUAACGUCUCUGAAGAAAAUCUUUCAAAAGAAAUAUCUUGUAAAAAGUUAAAAAGAAAAAAAAAAAGUAAUGAAGUAGACGAUAAAUUUUUUAAAAUAGAAGAGUUGAAUAGGUUUUUAAAAAUGGAAGAUCAAAGGGAAAGAGGUAUCAGGCAAGAAGUGGAUUCCGAACAGGAAGAGCUUGAGUCAAUUGAUUUAUUCAAUAAUAUUUCUGAUUUUGAAGAUGAGAUUGCAGAAAAUGAUGAUAUUAAAAAUGCUCAAUUAUUCAAAUAUGCUGACUUUUUUGAUAGUCCAGAAAGUAGCGAUGAUGAGCAGAAUACAAGUGAAAAUAACAUGGUAAUUGUUGGUUUUAAUGACAAUAGUCUUGAAAAUGAUAAAGAUACUAGUGAUGAUGACACUGUUUUUCGAAAUAGUAAACUUUUUUAUGAAUCAGAUAGCAGCAAUGAAGGUUCCCAUGAGAAAAUGCAAUCAUCACUGGAAAAAAGGAAAGAAAGAUUAGAAAAGAGAAUAUACCAAUUAGAACAUCAGGCAGUCAGCGACAAACCAUGGCAGUUGAAAGGAGAGGUCAGUUCCAAAGAUAGACCAAUGAAUUCUUUACUAGAGGAAUACGUUGAAUUUGAUCAAGUGACAAGACCUGCUCCUGCAAUGACUGAGCAAACAACUAUGAAAUUAGAAGAUAUUAUCAGGACUAGAAUCAAAGAUAAAGCUUGGGAUGAUGUUGAAAAAAAAGUCAAACCUGUUGAGACACCGAUGGAAUAUAAGAAAAAAUUAAUUAUGAAUCAGGAAAAGAGUAAAGAAAGUUUGGCACAGAUUUAUGAAAAUGAAUAUAUAAAGCAGAGAGAAGCAUUGACUAGUGAUGAUAAAGCAUUGACUAGUGAUGAUAAAGUGGAAGAACCUUCUGAAUAUAAUGAAAUUAGGGAACUUAUGCAUUCCUUAUUUAUGAAACUGGAUGCUUUAUCGAAUUUUCAUUACACACCAAAACCAGCAAAACCAGAAAUUAAAAUUGUCAGUAAUGUACCUGCUAUUAAUAUGGAAGAAGUUGCUCCACUGGCAACUAGUGAGGCUGCAUUGCUUGCCCCAGAAGAAAUUCAAUCCAAGCAAAUGGGUGAUCUAAUUGGAAAAUCAGAAAGAACAAAGACAGACAUGAAACGCGCAAGACGAAAGAAAAAGCUCAAACAGCUGACGCAAGCUAUAAAUGAAAGUAAGAAAUCGGUCGAUAAUUUCAAGCAAAGAAAAUCUUUAAACAAUAAAAUAAAACAAUUAAAAGGACGAAAUAUUAUAAAUAUGAAUGACAGUGUUGCUGGUAAGGCAAUAAAAUCGUCUACUGCAUUCUUUUCUCAAUUACAAGAUCAAGUUUCAAGUAAUAUUAAUACAAAAAUAAGUACAAGUAAAAAGAAAAAGAAAAAUCUCCUAUCCGCAGUUAAACUUAAAUUAUAGUUUUAUACUUAUUAAUAAUUAAUUUUCUGGAGCGAACAUACUAAAGUAAUAUAUUAUAGUUUGUAAAGGAAAAAAAAUAAAUAAUUUACUAAUGCAAGAUAAAAAGUUUAUCUUCUUGAAUAAUAUACACAUGCAUACACAAAGACAACCGCUUCAAGUACAUGUACAAAAUCUAAAAUAUGCAUACUAUUCCGUUCACGUAAAGCCUUUUACAGUGAAGUAAUAAACAAAGUCAAUGGGUUUAUUUAACUAAAUUUUGCUUUGUUUACAUAUCUAACUAAAAAGUAUAGCAGUGACAAGAAUAAUUUGAAAUGCUAUUAUUUUACAAUGGCAUUAAUACACGAGUCACGUAUCCUAGCUAUUAGGAUCAGAUUUUUAGUUCAACCUAGAUAUUUUAUGUAUAAUUUUGAUAAGAUAAGAAAUUACGCCAUGCGUGUCGGUUAAAAAAUGCGCUUUCCUUUAAGAUAAAAGUAUUGUGAUGAAUUUUACGAAUAUCUUAAUAAAGAGAGAGAGAGAGAGAGAGAGAGAGAGAGAGAGAGAGAGAGAGAGAGAGAGAGAGAGAGA